CCUCGGCCAGCACAUGAGUUGUCAAACAGGUUUGUGUUGUUGAGCUGGUAAACGCUUGUUUCGGACACAUUCAUGCGGGAGGAUCAGCGUCCCGAGUCGGCUUGUGCUCAGCAGAGACCCCCGGAACCCGCGGCUCCGCUCUUAACCGCUCAGGAAGUCCAAAUGUCAGGCUGCUAAAGGUCAGCUGAGGUCACAUCUCUUGGUCAUGGCAGGAUGAUGAUCACCUAGCCCUCUACAGGAAGCCACAAAGUGAAAACAGGAAGCUUCAGUCAUGCCAGUGGAGGCGCUCCAACAUCCCUCAAGGCAGCCGCUGAAAGCUGCCGUAGGAGUUUCUCCUCCACGCCUGCGACCGAAGGGUCCGCUGGGUCCAGACUUCUACAGACGGGUCCAGUCGGGCGCCAGCACCCCGAGGCAGAGCGCCGUGGAGAGACUCGAGGCGGACAAGGCCAAAUACGUGAAGAGUCAGGUAGCUCUGUCCAAGCAGCAGCCAGUCCGGGCGCCGGAGCUGAAGAAGCCGCUGCUGAACCCCAGUACUCCUCUGCGGCCCACCAGGAGGACCCCGACCCAACCCAGCCCCAAACCGGAGGGGCUCCAGCUGGACCUGGAGCGCCUGAGCAGCCUCAUUAGCGACCUGCCCAAUGGACCCCAGUGCGCCGCCAAACCUCCAGCGCCGCAGGUGAAGGAGAAGCCGCGGCUGCCUCCGCGCCUUGACUGGGCCGGCGCCGCUAUGGUGAGGCUAAAAGCGACCGCCCCUGCCACGGUGGACGGUACGGUUAGUCCCGGGGCGCCGGCUGCUGGGACGGUACGCAGAGUGGACGUAAUGCCUCAGGCGGGCCCGGUGAGACCAGGAUCCAGACCGCCGCAGUACGUGCGGCAGCCGCUCCAGCCGGUCCCGCUUCAUCCCCAGUUUCCUCUGCGUCCGGCCACGUCCCGCCAGGGGCUCUUCGUCCAGAAAACGGCGGCACCAGUUGCUCCUAAACCUGAACCCUUGGCGCCGGCGUCCCCCGCCAUCACCAGGCUGUCCUCCUCCAGCUCCAGAAAGCGACCCUCUCUGACCCGGUCCAAGUCGGACAUGAGCGACCGGUUCUCCCGGGCUGGCACGGAUCUGGAGCGCUUCUUCAACCUGUGCGGCCUGGAGCCGGUCGACCUGCAGGACCUGCCGGCCUCCAGCUCGGACAUCGUGUCGCUGGCCCGCUUCCGGAGCGUCAGCGCUCCCGGGUCCGAGUGUGGCGCCUCACAGAGAGGCGGCGAGGUAGAGGAGGAGGAAGAGGACCCGAACGCGGCGGAUCGGGUUCCUUACGGCGUUUCUGUCAUUGAGAGGAACGCCAGAGUGAUCAAGUGGCUGUACGGACUGCGGCAGGCCAAGGAGAACUCAACCAAGAGCACAAACCUGUAGUCCAACACAAACCCAUGGCGACGCAAUCGAGCAAUGUAGAAAAAAUCUAAAUUUCCCCAAAAAUCUCUCAAGUUUUCUGGGGGAAAAAAAAUAAUUCUGAGCUCCAAAAGUUGAACAUUUGUGGGGAAAAAAAACUCAGAAAUUUUUAGAUUUAUCUCAAGUUUUCUAGAAAAAACGUGGAAUGAAGACUUUUGAAAUUCAAAUUAUGUUCAAAAAUUAAAUUAACUUUCAAUUUUAUAAAUUCAAAGUCUAGAAAUUUCUAAAGGUCAUAAACUUGACUUUUGAAACUCAGGAAAAUACUCAAAUUUUGAAAUUAUUCUAAUUUUUCUGGCAGAUAUUCAACUUUUGGAGCUCAGAAAUUUAAGACUAAUCUCAAAUUUUCAGAAAAAUUUUUUUUCAAACAUUUUUACUUUUAAUAUUCAGUUUUUUCCAGAAAAUUUCUGGGAUUAAUCUCUGAGUUUUUUGGUGAAAAGUUACUUAAUUUGUUUCUGUCUACAAUGGCUCUAACACUUUGUUGUACAAGUUCUACCCAGGGGUGUCCAAACUUUGUCACAUGUCCAAAAGAACUGCCUACCAAGAGAAAAUUAAAACUCUAAAAUGAAGCAAAUAAAGCCGUCCUCUUUGUGUAGAAAAGGGAUGUUAUUCAUUAUAUAUCCAAAUAUUUUAAAAAGGAUUUGUUGUAUUGAGUGGAAUUUUCAGAUUCUUUUUGGCUCGACUGAAUUAAUUUAUUCUCGGAAUAAGAACAGGAUUUGGGUCACUUUCUUUGAAAAUGUUCACCAUAUUUAGCCAAGUUUAAUAUAUUUGAUGAAAGCUGGAACAAAGUCGGCUUUUCAGUAGAAGUUUCUGCAGGUGUGGGUCGACUUAUAAAAACUUGUUUAUGAAAAGAUAAGUACUUUGUGUUGUAUUUAACACUUUCCAUUGUAAGAAAAUUAUUAAUUGAACCGUAUUACAAAUAAAAAGUGUUCAUCUGCUUCAAGCCUUGGUGCUGGACAGGACAAAUUUGUAUCAUUUUUUAACUGCAAUUGUGGGGACCACACAAAAUCCGUUUGAGGGCCACAAAUGGCCCCCCGAACCGCACUUUGGACACCCCUGAUCUGACCUAAAAUUGGAUAAUUUCUGCACUUUUGAGUUAAAUGUAAAACUGGCUGAAAGAUCAGUAAAAACUCUGUAAAAACACAAAAACUUAAGCAUUUUUGUUCUGGUUUCUAAUGCAAAUAUAUUUGAAAUGGGAUAAAACUAAAAGUUACUUGUAAAUUAUCUUACAAGUAACUUUUUUACUUGAAACAAAACCAAACAUGCUUGGUAAGAUUCUGUUUUUGUAGUGAAUGGAGAAUUGUGCCAGUUUGGUUGAUGUGGGUUAAGAAAGUCUGACACUUUUUUUUUCUUUGUGAAAACAAUCAGGUUGUUUUUCUCUUUUUGCUGUUGGAGAACAUCAGACAUCGUCUUUAAUGUCCUGCUGGAAACAAAACGCUUAAAUAAAAAGAUGACAAACUA